AUGGUGGGCGGUAGCCCAGGUGAAAUCGGAGCCCUGCGGUGGACUUUGGAGGCCUGGGAGGAGUCUAGGGAAGAAGAAGGGGCCAAUCCAGUGAGGGAGCUCUUGCACGUGAUAGAGGGCAGGGCUUGGGGAGGAGAGGCAGGCCAGCCUCCUGCCCAGGAAGAGAAGGGAAAGACCUCUCCCCCCUGGGAUCCUGCUCCCUCCCCAACUCUGUCUGCUGAGGACCAAGGCCUGGCCCAAGCAGGGAGCCUGGAGCCAGUGGCAAUGGCCUGUAGGAGCCGCAGACCCCCAGCCCAGGAGUUGGUGACAUUCCAGGAUGUGGCUGUGGACUUCACGGAGGAGGAGUGGCGCCUCUUGGACCAUUCUCAGAAAGAGCUGCACAAGGAGGUCAUGCUGGAGAAUGCCCAGAACCUGCUCUCCCUGGGACUUCCCAUUCCCAGAGAAGGUUUGACCAGCCAGGUUGAGCAGGAAGGCCUGAGGAGCUCCUGUCCAGCAGAUGCAAAGACCAGGUUUGAUGUGAAGAGGAUUAGUGCAAAUCUAAAAAUGACCUCAUGGAAUGACUGUUGUUGUUAUAGUGAAUACAGCAAUGAUCUUCCUGAACAUCAGAGAACCAACAUUGAUGAGAAACAAUAUGAAUGCACUCAACAUGGAAAACCUUUCAGAAAGAGUGCUAGUGUUACCAAACAUAAAAGAAAAUACACUGAAGAGAAACCUCCUGAGUGUCAUGAAUAUGGUAAAGCUUUUAGGGACCACUAUUCCCUUACUGUACAUCAGAGAAUCCACACUGCAGAGAAACCUUAUCAAUGUCUUCAAUGUGGUAAAGCUUUUAGUGUACACUAUUCUCUUAUUAAACAUGAGAGAAUCCACAGUGGAGAGAAACCUUAUGAAUGUAAUCAAUGUGGAAAGACUUUCAGAUACAAGUCCAGUCUUGGUCCACAUAAGAGAAUCCACAGUGGAGAGAAACCUUAUGAAUGUAAUCAAUGUGGAAAGACUUUUAGAGCCAACUCAAAUCUUGAUGCACAUAAAAGAAGCCACACUGGAGAGAGACCUUAUGAAUGUAAUCAAUGUGGAAAGGCUUUCAGAUGCCGCUCCAAUUUUGCUGCACAUAGGAGAAUCCACAGUGGAGAGAAACCUUAUGAAUGUAAUCAAUGUGGAAAGGCUUUCACAUAUCGUUUCCAACUUGUUCUUCAUCAGAGAAUCCACACUGGAGAAAAACCUUAUGAAUGUAAUGAAUGUGGAAAGACUUUCAGAUACAAUUCCAGUUUUGCUGCACAUAAGAGAAUCCACACAGGGGAGAAACCUUAUAAAUGUAAUAAAUGUGGAAAGACUUUCAGAGACAACUCCAGUUUUGCUAAACAUCAGAGAAUCCACAGUGGAGAAAAACCUUAUGAAUGUAAUCAAUGUGGAAAAGCUUUCCAUAGAAACUCCAAGCUUCGUCUACAUCAGAAAAUCCACAGCAAACAAAAACCCUAUGAAUGUAAUGAGUGUGGAAAGGCUUUUACAGAGAACUGGUAUCUUGUUAAACAUCAGAAAAUCCACACUGGAGAGAAAUCUUAUGAAUGUAAGCAAUGUGGAAAGGCCUUCAGAGACAAGUCAAAUUUUGCUGCACAUAAGAGAAUCCACACUGGAGAGAAGCCUUAUGAAUGUAAUCAAUGUGGAAAGGCUUUCAGAUGCAGCUCCAGGUUUGCUGAACAUAAGAGAAUCCACAAUGGAGAGAAGCCUUAUGAAUGUAACCAUUGUGGAAAGACUUUUGAAUACAAAUCAAAUUUUGCUGCACAUCAGAGAAUCCAUACUGGAGAGAAACCUUAUGAAUGUAAUGAGUGUGGAAAGGCUUUCAGAUGCAGCUCCAGUUUUUCUGCACAUAAGAGAAUCCACACUGGAGAGAAACCUUAUGAGUGUAACCAAUGUAGAAAGACUUUCAGAUACAGCUCUAGGUUUGCUGAACAUAAGAGAAUCCACACUGGAGAGAAGCUUUAUGAAUGUAAUCAAUGUGGAAAGACUUUUGAAUACAAAUCAAAUUUUGCUAAACAUCAGAGAAUGCACAGUGGAGAGAAACCUUAUGAAUGUAAUCAAUGUGGAAAGGCUUUCAGAGACAAGUCAAAUUUUGCUGAACAUCAGAGAAUCCACACUGGAGAGAAACCUUAUGAAUGUAAUCAAUGUGGAAAGACUUUCAGAGGCAGCUCUGGUUUUUCUGCACAUAAGAGAAUCCACACUGGAGAGAAACCUUAUGAGUGUCUGGAAUGUGGUAAAGCUUUUAGUGUACACAAUUAUCUUAUUAAACAUAAGAAGAUCCACACAAGAGAAGCCUUAUGA